CUAUAUAAAAUGAAUGAUUUUGAAAUCAUUUUCUUCAUAACAUAACUUGAGAUAGACGUAAGCGCAUAAGAGGGCGGUAUUGUAAUAGCGACUGCGCAAUCAAUCGAAAUAGCAUGAUACAAUAUACAUGUAUAGUAUAGAAGUGGGGAUAUUUCUUCUAGUAUCUCUCUCGUUUCAUUCGUUAGUAUGGUUUUUAGUAAGUUCGAAUUUAUACAAGAUUUAUGAUGUUUAAUCGCGCUUAAAUUGUGAAUGAUAAUAACGAAAUAUGCAAUUUAGUUUAUUUUGCUUUCUCGUAAAAAAGUUCGUACAUGUUCGUAUGUGAAUGCGCCUCAAUUUUAUAUUUUUCUAUAUUUUGUCGUACUGUUAUCAAUAUGUGUCACUGAAUUUUUUUCAAUCACAAAUUUACAUAUCUCGGCAAUUAGAUGAAAAAUGUCGAAAUCCGGUGACAAACAAAGUUACGCGCAGACAUAUAAACUCGUUGUUGUUGGUGCGGGUGGUGUCGGAAAAUCUGCGAUCACAAUACAAUUCAUUCAAAGUUAUUUUGUAACUGAUUAUGAUCCAACAAUUGAAGAUUCUUAUACCAAACAAUGUGUUAUUGAUGAUAUUCCUGCAAAACUUGAUAUAUUAGAUACAGCAGGUCAAGAAGAAUUUAGUGCAAUGCGAGAACAAUAUAUGAGAAGUGGUGAAGGUUUCCUUCUUGUGUUUUCAAUAACUGAUCUUUCAUCUUUUGAUGAAAUAUUAAAAUUUCACAAGCAGAUACUUAGAGUAAAGGAUCGAGAAGAGUUUCCUAUGCUUAUGGUUGGUAACAAAGCUGAUUUGGAUUAUCAUAGAGUUAUUGAAGUUGAAGAAGCACAAAACAGAGCUCGCCGAUUAAAAAUUCCUUACAUUGAAUGUAGUGCAAAAUUAAGGAUGAAUGUUGACCAAGCUUUUCACGAAUUAGUGAGAAUUGUCAGAAAAUUUCAAUUGUCUGAAAGACCACCAUUAGAACUAAAUUAUAAGAAAAAUAAAAAGAAAUGUUGUAUGCUAUAAUA